AUGGAGUUCAAGAGAGACAACACUGUCAGAUUCUAUGGGGACGAGAAGCAAACUUUAGAAGUAAAUGAAAAGCGACAACCGUUGUUUAAAUCAUCAACAACAGCAACAGUAGCUCCAUUUCAGAAACCAGAACAAGUUAUCCCCAAAAAGAGCCACAAGAUUCGUCUUCUCCGUCUCAAACUCCCUAGAUUCGGGGGAUUCAAAGUCUUCCCGGAGAAUUUCGAGAUCGAGAGAGACAAGAUUCUCGAUCCUGGUGGUGACGCAGUGCUUCAAUGGAACAGAGUCUUCCUCUUCUGGUGUCUCGUUGCUCUUUACGUCGAUCCUCUCUUCUUCUUCCUCUCUUCAGUCAAACGCGUCGGACGAUCCUCUUGUAUGACCACAGAUUUGAAUCUCGGAAUCGUCGUCACUUUCUUCAGAACACUAGCGGAUCUCUUCUAUGUCUUGCACAUUGUCAUCAAAUUCAGAACAGCUUACGUCUCUCGCACUUCAAGAGUGUUUGGUCGUGGUGAGCUAGUCAAAGAUCCUAAAAUGAUCGCUAGAAGAUACUUGAGAUCAGAUUUCAUCGUUGAUCUCAUCGCUUGCUUGCCUCUUCCUCAGAUUGUGAGUUGGUUUAUCUUGCCAUCAAUCAGAAGCUCUCACUCAGAUCACACCACAAACGCUCUUGUCCUCAUUGUUCUUGUUCAAUACAUUCCUCGCCUUUAUCUGAUUUUCCCUCUAAGCGCAGAGAUCAUCAAAGCCACCGGAGUUGUAACAACCACUGCUUGGGCCGGUGCUGCUUACAAUCUCCUUCAGUAUAUGCUCGCUAGUCAUAUUCUUGGUUCGGCUUGGUAUCUACUGUCAAUAGAACGUCAAGCAACGUGUUGGAAAUCAGAAUGUCGAAAAGAGUUUGCGCCGAUAGAAUGCGUUACAGAUUACUUUGACUGUAGUACACUGAACAGUGAUCAUCGGAACAGCUGGCAGAAUGUAACCGUUGUCUUCAGCAACUGCGACCCUUCGAAUAAAAUCGGAUUCACGUUCGGGAUCUUCGCUGAUGCUCUCACCAAGAACGUUGUUUCUUCGCCGUUCUUGGAGAAGUAUUUGUAUUGCUUAUGGUUUGGCUUGCAGAAUCUAAGUUCUUAUGGACAGAGUCUGAGCACAAGCACCUCUGUUCUUGAGACAAUUUUUGCUAUAUUUGUGGCUAUCUUUGGUCUUGUUUUGUUUGCUCUUUUGAUCGGAAACAUGCAGACGUAUUUGCAAUCGAUCACGGUGAGGCUUGAGGAGUGGAGACUGAAGAGAAGAGACACAGAAGAAUGGAUGAGACAUCGUCAACUACCACAGGAUCUGAGAGAACGAGUGAGGCGUUUCGUGCAGUACAAGUGGUUAGCGACUCGAGGUGUUGAGGAAGAAACCAUUCUUCAUUCUUUACCUUCAGAUCUCCGCAGAGACAUUCAAAGACAUCUCUGUCUCGAUCUUGUUCGUCGUGUGCCACUGUUUGCGCAAAUGGAUGAUCAGUUACUAGACGCGAUAUGCGAGCGGUUAGUGUCGUCUCUAAGCACGCAAGGGAACUACAUUGUACGAGAAGGUGAUCCAGUGACGGAAAUGCUCUUCAUCAUCCGUGGAAAGCUUGAUAGCUCGACGACUAAUGGAGGCAGGACCGGUUUCUUCAACUCAAUCACACUCAGGCCAGGAGAUUUCUGUGGAGAAGAGCUUCUUGCAUGGGCGUUGCUUCCAAAGUCAACUGUUAACCUACCGUCUUCAACAAGAACUGUGCGAGCUUUAGAAGAAGUUGAAGCGUUUGCUCUACAAGCAGAUGAUCUUAGAUUUGUGGCUAACCAAUUCAGACGUUUACAUAGCAAGAAGUUGCAACACACGUUCCGUUAUUACUCUCACCAAUGGAGAACUUGGGCGGCUUGUUUCGUGCAAGCCGGUUGGAGACGGUAUAAGAGAAGAAAGUUGGCAAAGAGUCUGAGCUUGGCUGAGUCAUUCUCUUCUUAUGAAGAGGAAGAAGAGGCUAUGGCGGUUGCUGCUGCAGCAGAGGAGAUGAGUCAAGAAGGAGAGACACAGAGCAGCAAAGCUCGUCCUCAUACUUCUGACGUGAAACCGCAUUUCGCUGCGACGAUAUUCGCUUCGAGGUUUGCUAAGAACACGAGGAGGACGGCUCAGAAGUUGAAGGAUGUUGAGCUACCGAUGCUUCCUAAACCGCAUGAGCCUGAUUUCUCAGUUGAUGUUGAUUGA